UAGCAACAUUUUCUUCUGUCAUCAAUGUCGAAGGCCAGCCAGACUGCGGGUCAUCUUCGAGACGUGUCCUACCAAAACGGAAUUCUUUAGUCCAUUUCUUGACUAUGGCAUAUGAAGGGGACUGUUCCUGAUACACGUUGGCUAGGCAAGAAAGAACUUCUGAAGCAAAUGGUUAUGAGCCUUCGUGUUUCAGAGCUGCAAGUACUGUUGGGAUACGCUGGACGCAACAAACACGGACGGAAACACGAACUCCUAACAAAAGCACUGCAUUUAUUAAAGGCCGGCUGCAGCCCAGCUGUGCAGAUGAAAAUCAAAGAACUCUACAGAAGGAGGUUUCCCACCAAAAUCGUCACACCAGCAGAUCUUUCUCUCGCUGGUGUCCAUUCUACCACUGCGACCCUACCUUCCGGCUUGUCACCUAUCCCUCAGCUCACUUAUGAUGGACAUACUGCCACAUCACCACUGCUUCCUGUGUCCCUAUUGGGGCCUAAACAUGAACUGGAUUUGCCCCACCUCGCACCAGCCCUGCAUCCAGUCCACCCCGACGUUAAGCUCCAGAAGCUGCCUUUCUAUGACAUGUUGGAUGAGCUCAUCAAGCCCACAAGUUUGGCCUCCGACAACAGCCAGCGCUUUCAGGAAACUUGCUUUGCUUUUGCACUGACACCACAGCAAGUUCAGCAGAUCAGCAGCAGCAUGGACAUCUCUGGGACCAAGUGUGACUUUACAGUUCAGGUUCAGCUCAGGUUUUGUUUAUCUGAAAUAAGCUGUCCACAGGAAGACCACUUUCCACCGAAUCUCUGUGUCAAAGUGAAUGGGAAACCCUGCAACCUUCCGGGUUAUCUUCCACCGACCAAAAAUGGUGUAGAACCAAAGCGGCCUAGUCGGCCAAUAAAUAUUACCUCUCUGGUGAGAUUGUCAACAACUGUACCAAACACCAUUGUGGUCUCCUGGACAGCUGAGGUUGGAAGGAACUAUUCAAUGGCAGUAUAUCUGGUUAAGCAACAGUCUUCAGCAGUGCUUCUUCAGAGACUUCGGUCAAAAGGCAUUCGAAACCCAGACCAUUCCAGAGCACUGAUUAAGGAAAAGCUGACAGCUGAUCCGGACAGUGAAAUUGCUACAACCAGUUUGCGUGUGUCUCUGUUGUGUCCACUGGGAAAAAUGAGGUUGACCAUCCCGUGUCGCUCUUUGACCUGUUCACACUUGCAGUGCUUUGAUGCCACACUAUAUAUUCAAAUGAAUGAGAAGAAGCCCACAUGGGUGUGUCCCGUGUGUGACAAGAAAGCUCCAUAUGAGCAUCUCAUCAUUGAUGGGUUGUUUAUGGAAAUCUUGAACAGCUGCACAGACUGUGAUGAAAUCCAGUUUAAGGAGGAUGGGACGUGGGCUCCCAUGAGAUGGAAAAAAGAAGUGCAAGAGGUGACGACUGCUUACAAUGGAUUAGAAGCUGCUUGUCGAAGCAGUUUGACGGAACACCGGCAGAUGACGACGCAGAACAACAAAAAAGUAGAAGUGAUCGAUCUGACACUGGAUAGCUCCACAGAUGAUGAAGAAGAAGAACCUCCAGCAAAGAGAAGCUGUGCAUCCCUGUCACCUGCAUCACCACCCAUGAGCAAAGGUGUGUUGAAUUUGCAUCAUCAAGCAUCGCCAGUGACCAGAACACCCAGCAUGCCCACAGUGGACACAAACUACAUCCCUCCUCCACCUCCACUGAUUCAGGACUACAGACAUUCUUACCAUACGUUACCGUAUGAACUUCAAGGACUUGACUUCUUUUCCUUUCUACAGAAUGACAAUCAGCACUACAGCACCACAUUGUUAGCUGCUGCAGCAGCAGCAGCCUCAGCUUCUGAAGACCAUGACCUUCUUCACCCAUCUCUCAACCGGUUCCUGCCCUACAGCUCCUCUCAGAUGUUCCUGGAUCAGCCAAGCACCCCUGUCAGCAGCACAUUGGCAGCUCCAAAUGGAAGCAGUAGCAGCAGUAGCAACAGCAGUCUGGUAUCGUCAAGCAGCCUACGGGAAGGCCACAGCCUACCUGUACCAAGCCGAAGCAGCACAGACGCCAGUGCCCUCUAUGGUUCCAUACCAGAUGUCAUUUCGUUGGACUGACUAUUGGAAUAGAACCAACUCAGCUUUGUGCUCCACUUACUUUAUUAGGUUUUAGAAAAGUAGAAGUCUUUUUUAAAGGAACGACGCCGUGUACAGAGAACAAAAAUAUAUUUUCUGUUUUACUUUUGUACAUAAACUUAGGACUUGCCUGUCCAGUGAGGUAACUUCAGUUGAUUUUUGUGGAUGCUGAAGAUUUUACACAGUUCUCAUUUCUCCCUUUAUUAUAUUCAAACUUUUUGUAAUUGUUUUGUCCCAUAUCAAGGCAUUAUUUCUCUCCCAGUUACAGUUUUUCCUAUUCUCAGUCAUCAUAGGAUUUUUUUUUUUUUUUUUUUU